GCUCGGGAGGAGCCCAGGGCUCCUCGCGAAAGUGCGGCCAGAGCCCGGAAGCGUCUGCAGGCCCUAGUUGCCGGGAGGAGACGUGGAGGCCUUUGGGGGAACCACGACGACUUCAACGGUGACGCAAUUGUGCAAAAUGAUACAGAUGUAUCUAUUUAAAUUCUGCCUGGAAGGCAGGAGCCAUCCUAUGGGCCUGCAAGUGCUCCACGCAACUAGGAAUCGGGAACAGCGGCCAAGAGGGUUAUAAAAAUAAUUAAUAACAAUAAUUAGAAAGGCGCGCGGAGGCUGAAAGGAUGGUGGGGCUCUGGGCUGGAAAACUGGGACUCCUGGCUUAUUGCUUGCUCUUCAGCAUCAACACCCCACGCCUUUCGCAGCACGAGCUUGAGUCAUUUUCUAUGAAAUUGGUGACUAAGAGAGAUGCAGCAUAUUGCACCCCCAACCAGCCACAAAGGGGCGAGCCCUCGUCGGCAGACCGCAAAUGUUAUUUGUGCUCCCCCUGGAGGCGACAUUGUCCGAGGCUUGCAAGCUUUCCCAAAGGGACGCAUACAAUCAGAGAGGUUCACCUUUGUCUACGUAGCAAGAGACGAAGGCACCGUCUAGGGAGCGGCGGUCCUAAAAGCAAGGGUGCAGUGAACGAGGAGGAGAUUGGCCGAGCACUGUUGUGUGUGGUACCUGUGUUGUGCUGCAUACUUGGAGCCUACCCGAACCCCCGAGGACUAGCCCUACAUGGGUACCGAAUCCAAGGCAAGACAAGACACAAACUUCCUGAAGUUUUUGAGUUGGGGGCUCACAGCAGGACUGUCUCCUCUUUCACGGCAGAGCUGGCUUGUGUGGAUCUGAACACGGUUGGAUACUCAGGAACCAGUCAGUGCAAGAAAAUAAAAGCCAGAAAGCCGAGAGAAGCAACGAUGGGCGGGCGCCGCCCUCAAGUCUGCGCACAUGCAUUCCCACAAAUGUGCGCACAGGCAAAGGUCGUGUAGGUCAUUUAAGUUCGGGAUUCUAUUGUUCCCGAGGCCUUACUGGCUCUUCAGAUGGACAAACGGAGCUAAUUCAGCCCUCACGUUGCCUAAUGGACUGAAGUUAGUUUUCAGCCACUGGUAACCAAAGGAAUUCCGACUCUUCCAGUGUUCCCCAUGAUAAGCUUAGGUACGACUAUGCAAAGACGUUUAGACACUUGCCCAGUGACACAGCCAAGCGACAGGGCUAAGGUUGGACAUGUCUUCCACUCUCCUGCCACUGGGUGUAUGUUCCACGGCAAUGCAUCCAAGACUAUAGACAAAGAAAAACGACAAAUUCAGGUCUGUCAUCUGAGACCACCCUGGGACUAGAGCAUGGGCUUGGCGAAUCGGAGACCGGACAGAGGGAGGAGGGGAGAAAUCAUGUAAGGCUGAAUGAAGUGGGGCUGGAGAGAUGGCUCAGAGGUUAAAAGCACUAGCUGCUGCUCUCCCAGAGGUCCUGAGUUCAAUUCCCAGCACCCACAUGGUAGCUCACAACUGUCUAUGAGAUAUGGUGCCUUCUUCUGGCAUACAGGCGGAACAUUAUAUACAUAAUAAAUAAAUAAAUCUUUUUAAAAAAGGAUUGAAUGAAGCAUUGCCGUGAACAUGAAGAAGAGAGGGAGGUGCCAGAAUGUUCCUAUGACAGAAAUCCAUGGGUUUAUAACAGUAUGGGGAGGGAAUGUAUCUUCCAUUUACUGCUCUGACCAGCAGACUUUCCUUGACUCACUAAUUAAAAGCCCCGGACUUCAUCUGAUUGGAUAAAUUCAGUUCAUCUUAAAACCAGUCAUGGUAGUGAAACGUUGGGUAGCUUUUGCCUAACCCCUGGGCUUCAUUCAUAAAACCAUCGUUGUGAGAAGGGGUUGGGACCAUUUUGAUUGACUCUAUCAGCCCUUACUACUGAGGCAUGGGCUUCGUUUGGACUAGAUUCUGGGCUUCCUACGUGAUGGGCAGCAGUUAUGAAGGAGACUCUGCUGGAGGGGCAGCCAGCAACAUCCCUUCCAUCUGGGUUGUUGCUCACCUGAGUUCCUAGGUCUCCCAAUGCUACAGUGGAAAUGAUCGUUUUCAAGGGAGAAUUGAAGUGUGUGUCAGGUCAGGUGCAGAGGAAGAAGAUGAGAUGGAUCCACAUCAGAUCCAUGAUCUGUUGCCAAUUCCGGUCUGUUGGGUUGUCUCUACAGGAGCCCAUGCUCACUCCAAGUCUUGGUGUGUUUCUCCUCCCUCUCUGAAAUUCCUUCUGAGAAGUUAUCAAUAAGGAAGUGAAGUGAUCAUCAUCCUUCAUGACACUGCUUUCUCUUACACAUCAUCCCUGUGUUCACAUUGAGCCACGUAACUGCCGAGGACUUGCCUGCCACACAGAUCUUACUGACUUCAUGUCAUCCGGCCAUAUGCCAUGCCUAUUUAUCUACACCUCCCGUCUGCAUCGCUUUCUUUGGUAACAGACAUUGCAUGGUAUUUUUGAGCUGGGGUACUAAUGGCUUAAACACUGUAGUGAGUUCUUAAAAGUCAUUGAACCUCAAUGAUUAGAAUAAUAAAAACCAAAUCUAAUAAAAUUGCCUCACUUGGUUUUCAUUUCCAAGUGAAUGUAACUAGAUCCCCCUUUCCAGUUCAGUACCUCCCAGAAAUUCAGGAUUAUACCCCAGACACUGAGGAUUCAGGCUGAAGUACCUGCCACUCGUAAUGUUCUGCCUCAUUCUGCCUUGCGCUAUACCCUGGGCUUAGGAGAGCAGCCAUUGGGACUGGCAGUAUCACCACCCCCUUGCUAGACUGUAGGAGAGGACACGUCCUCAGAGGUUGCUGGAAUGAAAUACUCACAUAAUUUGGGAAUUGUCCUCUUUCAUAGCUUCAAAGAAGGGUGGCUGACAGAUUUCUCUGAGAAAUUGAAGUCAGUAUUUUAUCCCAUGCAUCAAUACUGAGUGGUGUAAUUGAGUUCCUGGUUCAGAAGUGACAGAUACAUGGAUUGUUUAGAUAUAGGUGGCAGCAAUGAUACCUACCAGUCAAACUCAUCUGUGGCUGUUCUUUCAUAGUAGAUGUUUUGGUCAGUGGA